CAGGCCGGUGUUCAAAUGGGCAAUGCCUGCUGGGAACUGUACUGCCAAGAGCACAGCAUUUUGCCCGAUGGCACCACGGUGGCCCCCGAGGUGCCGUGUCGGGUGGAUUCUUCUUUUGAGACCUUCUUCUGUGAGACGGGAGCCGGGAGGCACGUCCCGAGAGCAGCCUUCAUCGACCUCGAGCCCACUGUCAUAGAUGAAAUCCGUACGGGGAGAUACCACACACUCUUCCACCCCGAGCAGUUGAUCAACGGCAAAGAAGACGCUGCCAACAACUACGCCCGUGGCCAUUACACCGUCGGGAAGGAGAUCAUCGACACCGUCUUGGAUCGGAUCCGCAAAAUGGCUGACCAAUGCAGUGGCCUCCAAGGGUUUUUGAUCUUCCACAGCUUUGGAGGAGGCACAGGGUCUGGCUUCACAUCCCUCCUGAUGGAACGGCUCUCGGUUGACUUUGGUAAGAAGUCCAAACUGGAGUUCUCGGUGUACCCUGCCCCACGGAUUUCCACUGCAGUGGUGGAGCCCUACAACUCCAUCCUGACCACCCACACCACCCUGGAGCACUCCGACUGCUCCUUCAUGGUGGACAACGAAGCCAUCUACGACAUCUGCAACCGGAAGCUCGACAUCGAGCGCCCGACCUACACCAACCUCAACCGGCUGGUUGGGCAGAUCGUGUCCUCCAUCACAGCUUCCUUAAGGUUUGAUGGGGCCUUGAAUGUGGACCUGACUGAAUUCCAGACCAACCUGGUGCCUUACCCCCGCAUCCACUUCCCCCUGACCGCUUAUGCCCCCAUCAUCUCCGCCGAGAAGGCCAACCACGAGCAGCUCUCUGUGCCUGAGAUCACCAAUUCCUGCUUUGAGUUCUCCAACCAGAUGGUGAAGUGUGACCCUCGCCGAGGCAAGUACAUGGCUUGCUGCCUGCUCUACCGGGGGGACGUCGUGCCCAAGGACGUCAAUGCUGCCAUUGCCGCCAUUAAGUCCCGGAGGUCCAUCCAGUUUGUGGACUGGUGCCCGACCGGCUUCAAGGUGGGCAUCAACUACCAGCCCCCCACCGUGGUGCCCGGGGGAGACCUGGCGAAGGUCCAGCGGGCCGUCUGCAUGCUGAGCAACACCACGGCCAUCGCGGAGGCCUGGGCCCGGCUGGACCACAAGUUCGACCUGAUGUACGCCAAGCGGGCCUUCGUGCACUGGUACGUCGGGGAGGGCAUGGAGGAGGGGGAGUUCUCCGAAGCCCGGGAGGACCUGGCCGCCCUGGAGAAGGAUUACGAGGAGGUUGGGCGGGAGUCUGACGAUGGAUCUGACGUAUUUGACAUCCAAGAGUACUGA